CUCCGGGUCAGUGUGGAGAGGGGCUAAGGAGGAAACCACGUCUGUGUCACCGGCACGCCAGCGGCCACGUGGCGGGCUGGAGGCUGUCUCUGACAUACACCGUCAACCAGCGGUGUGAGGGAGCGAGGCAGCGAGCGGACGCCACGCUCGGGGAACGGAGUAACGGGGGAAAGAGGAACCCAGCGUGUGAGGGAGCUGUGGAAUGAGGAAAUAAUAAAGAAAAGACAAUCUCGUCUGGAGCAGAUUUAUUACACUUGGGUUAGAUUUUAAAAGGAAUGUGUCCCUGGUGUAAAGUCUAAAGCAGUCCUUUGCGAGAAAAAAAUAGUCACGACCUAAUGACUGGUUAAGCUGCAAUUUUCUUUUUCACUUAGACUGUCUUUCUACACUCGCAGGAGACGCUUUAGCAGACAAGCAGAGCUAUGGGUGGAUCCUCCUCUUCACCCACUGCUCCUAAUGUUGCGUCUGAGGAGCUCACCUGCUCCAUCUGCCUGGCCACGUUCGACUGCCCGUCCACGCUGAGCUGCGGCCACUCGUUCUGCCUGCGAUGCUUAGAGGAUGCGUGGGAGGCAGCCGGGAGCCACUCGUGCCCCCAGUGCAGAGCCGAGUUUACGCAGAAGCCGCAGCUGAGCAGGAACGUGGCGCUCGCCAACCUCGUGGAGCAGCUUCAUUUGGCUGAUAAAGCGGCUCUGCAAGUUCCCUGUGACAGCUGUCUGGAUGGUAAAGAACCUGCUGUGAGAACCUGCCCAGUGUGCGAGAUGUCCUUCUGUGAGCCCCAUGGUAAACAUCAUCUGCAGAACCCGAAUUUCAAGGACCAUGAGCUGAUGGAACUGGGUGCCAAUACGGGAGCUCGCAAGUGCAAGUUGCACAACAAGCGUCUCGAGUUCUACUGCGCUCAGGACGAGUGCCUGGUAUGCACGAGAUGCGCCAUCGUGGGGGAGCACACAGGACACAAAUGCAUCAGCGUGGAAGAUGCGCACGAGGCACGGAAGAAACCAGUAGAAGAGAAGACGAGAGCGGUGGAGGAAAACAAGAAUGAGGCAGAAGAGUCUGUGAAACAGAUGGAGGCUGUUCGCAAGAAUACGCAGGAGCCAAUUACCAAAACCAAGGAUUACAUCGCCGGUAUUUUCACUUGCAUGAGGAAGGUGCUGGAUGAGGAGGAGAGGAUUGCGUUCCAAUGCAUGGACCUGAAGGGGCGCGAGUUGCUGUCACCGAUUGACGAACGCAUCGCUCAUUACCAGUGGGAGAUCGGAGAGCUACAGCAGACAGCCACUCGCCUGCAGGCGCUCGAGGAGGAGAAGGACUCGCUCACUUUUAUGCAGGGUUACCUGGAGGAGACACACAGGAGAAACGUCACAAAGAAAUCCCCACCACCAAUUCCACCUUCACUGGACCCGACCACAAUCUCCUCCCUCGAAAGAGUUGUGGACAAAUUCCUUCCAUUCAUCCGUGAUGAAGACCGAGCUGCUCUUGGUGAAGUCGCCACAGCCGACCCAACUAUCUAAGCAUGAGGCGAACUCGCCUACCACCCCUCCUCCUCCCUUGGGACGAUCUCUCGGGAUGUGAGCAGGGACCGAUUUGAAGUCUGAAAUGGAUGUGGUGACUGACAUGAGCGAAAUGUCACUUGUGCCCUACUGAUGGAACUCGUGUGGAACACAACUGGCGCUCGUGAAUGUUAAAAUGAAUCUCAAUGAGCUCCGAGGGACAGUGUUGUAUUUAUAUACAUAUAUACUGACACAUCCAUCCAUAGUAAUUAACUCUGCCUUCUAACAGCAGCAGACACUAAACGUUCCGGGAACUAACUCCUCUGAUUGGAGAUGUUGCAAUGGAUUCCAGCGUUAACAUUUGUUGACUUAGACUGGAACAUACGAUGAUGGUUGACAGGUGAACAGUGUCUGAGUUUAUAUUAAGUGGCCCGCAUGCUUACAAAUAGUAACAUUAAUACAGACUGGACACUUUAAUACUCGUUUAUCUAAUUAACAAAAUGUAAUGACACUUUGUGAAACCUAUAAGUUACCUAAUGGUAUUCGAUUAUAAUUGUGCUUAGACGUAACACGUUUUUGGAUCCAAUAACUAUUCAAACAGGAAAAAUAAGAAAGUGAAAGUUUAUAGUUUUAAAUAACUUUUUCAAACAAGGAUUUAGAGCACGACACACUGGCAGAGCCAGUGGUUGGGGGGGCGGGGUGGCCCGUGCCCCCCCCAAUUAAUUAUCCGAUCAAAAUCCCUAAUUUUGAUUAGAUAAUUGGAGUUUAUUAGUAAUCGGCAUUUUGGGACCCCCAGUAGCAUAUUAUGUGCCAGGGACUCGAUGAGAUGGGACAAUAGUCUGAGUCCAUAAUUGGCAAUAAGUAACGGCAAAGCAGUUAUAAGUGACUCAGAAUUGUGCGCAGUUGCGUAAAUAGUACACGACUUCCCUGAAGGCAUAAUACCUUCAGCGAGUGCGAUGCCGAUCACACACGGUUCGAAUUCGACUCUUGAUCGAUGGCUGCGCCAUCGCCACACACACAUCGAAUAAAAGCAAGGGACAAGUCCUCACUAACAACUCCUCUCAUUUUUCAUUGCUGGAGGGGUUGCCCCUUUACCUGAAAAUCCUGGCUCUGCCAUUGACUACACAAACACGAGUGAAUCCAAAAAUAUUGGAUUUUUGAUCGGUUAAUCGAUAGUACACGUGUUGUGCAAUUUAUGAGUCAUAUUAACAUUAAUUAAUAUAUGUAUGCAGUGAACACUUUGUAUUGGCGACGAAUGGUGCGAAACGUUCUACAUACGCACGUUUGGGUGCCUAGCAAAUCUUUAAAUAUAGAAAAUGUAAGUUUAUUUGGAAAACCAGUACAUAAUUGAUAUGAAAAAUAAUGGAGCGUAACCCCAUGUAAGCUGGGGUGGCUGAUAAGUUCUUAGCUCCAUGAAAAGGUUUGAAGGGCUAGUGAACUCGAUAUUAAAUGUAUUACUUUGAAUUAAUGUAUGAUUAAAUAAUUAUUAAAAUAACAUACGUUAUUUUUCAUUAUAUCUAAUUAUGAUGAAAAACUUUGGUACGAAUUAAUUAUCCAUGACAUUUACCUAUUGUAUUGAUAGAUUUUAAUUAUUACACAACUUAUUCACGAUUAUGGCGCAGUCUUUGAGUAUCAUCAAUGGUCAAUUAUGCAUAUAAUCGAUGGAAAUUACGCAUAUGAUCAGGAGCGAUUGUCGAUCACGAUAGAUAUUCUGACUGAGUUCAAUAUUAUUUAGUCAUACAUUUUACAAUUAAAUAAUAAAUAUAAUCUCAUUAAUUAGGUUAUUGGCUUUUACGUUUUCUUGAGUAAUGUAUUAUUAAUCGUGGUAAUGUUAAUGUUUCAUGCUUUCAACAUUCACGUCAGGUCUCAAUUCAGAUCUCACAACAUGAUAUGGUUGAACUUGAGAAAUAUGAUGCAUUGGUAAGGAAGGAAAAAUUCGGACCCCUUUGGACAAAGCAACUUCAGCAACUUAGAAUGACAUCGAAAAAAUACUUAUCAGAAUGGAACUACAUUACACAUGCAAAUAUGCAUACUCAUCGAUGCUUACCCAAAGGGUGAUAUGCGUCAAUGAUCAUAUCAAGAUCAUGUGAUAAAGAUGUUAACAUCUCAUUAUGCAGUAUUUAUACAGAUAUGUUAUGUGGAGGGGUUUGUCAAGGUGGCAGUUGUGCAAGGGGUGUUAACACCCUCUACUUGGCACUUAAAACAAAAAUGCAAGACCUACAGAAAUAAGCUAAUUCUGGAGCCCCCAGGGGAUAGGUGUUCAAUGCCUUCUGGCCAAACCAUUUAGAGGAGCCAGACUGAACCCCUCUCAGUGUUUCUCCAGGAACAGAUUAAUGCGAUUGGCUACUUAGAAUGUUCAAACACUCGUUGCAGAAUAAAACUUGCCACUCCUGUUGGGAGAUAGACCAGUACAGCCUGACCUCUACUAUACAGGAGGUCCGGUGGACCAGUUCUGGCUCCAGUCAUUGAGGUGUAGACAGUUCUGCAGAAAACUGACAAAAACUGCAGGGCGUGCUGGGGGUGUGGGAGCAUGGUGAAGAGGUGUGAGAGGUCCCAAGGCUGCGGUGCGUUUGCCUCCCCAUCAACAAGAGGCGAAGAAUGGUGAUUGUGGUGGUAGUUGCUUAUGCCCCCCACCAAAAAUAAAGAUCAAUGGAGGGAUGCAGACAAGGCUGAUGAGUUGGAUACCUAUAACUUAUCGCAGAUGCUCUCUAAGGUGGCCCCUCAGGAUAGUCAUCCUGUUUGGUAACUUUAAUGCCUGAGGAGGCCAUGACGCAGACACCUGGGUCGGAGUGAUUUGAAGGCAUGGGUGAGAUCAGCUGACUAAUAACGGUAGGUGGCUGUAGACUUCUGUGUAGCCCAUGAUAAUGUAAUUACCAAUACACUUCUCCAGCAUUGGUACAUCCACACAACAUCAUUAAUGCAUGCCGGAUCUAAUCAAGAACAUAUGCUAAAAAUAUAUAGUGAUGGAACAGCGGAUCUGGGCCGAUGUGUUUGACACCUUGACCUACGGUGGAGUUGAUAUGCCCACU